GCAUCCAUCCCUGGGCGAGGGGUCGCAGGCUUGAGGAAACGAUCGGCCUCCGACUCGCGCACUCGUCCAUGUCGCUGCUGCGCGCCCUGGCGAUCACCUCAACAUGCUAAUGACGCAGACGCCUGUGUCGGCAGUACAGAGUCAACACGCGUCGACCGCUUCCUCGUACUACUCCGCAGAGACGUCCUCCGCCAUGAACGGCAUUGUCGGCUCGGCGCCGCCCGGCACAAUGUACGUGCGCGCGCUCUACGACUACGAGGCCGACGACAGGACAAGCUUGAGCUUCCACGAAGGCGAUAUAAUCCAGGUCAUCACCAGGUUGGAGAGCGGUUGGUGGGACGGCGUGAUCAACGGCGUCAGAGGCUGGUUCCCGAGCAACUACUGCCAAAUCAUCACAAGUCCGGACGAGCUACCCGAGGGGGUAGACGGCGGUGAAACCGAGCGACUGGAUGACGAGAAUGACGAGCAGGAGGCCUACGAAGAGGGCAUCGACGAUGACGACGGUUCCGACCAUGACGAAUCCGAAGGGCUCCCGCUCGAGGGGGCCGACGGCGACCGUUCCAGAGCCGACUUCUGGAUCCCGCAGGCCACGCCGGACGGCAGGCUCUUCUACUACAACACCAUGACGGGCGAGAGUAGCAUGGAGCUGCCCCUCGAAUCUCCCUCGUCGCUCAACGAGACGGGCCCUCGAGAUCGCAUGAACGUUAGCGUGCCGGACAGGACGAGACCGCCACCCGAGCUGAUCGCGAGGGGCCUGACCCAGGAGGAAGAAGAGGAAUCCGAUGUGAAUUCGGCAUCCGAGUUGGAGGGCGAAGCUCUGAUGAACGCAGCAGCACGCGGCCCGGCGUCCAGGGCUCGCCGACCCAGCGGAAGAGACGGUCUUUCGCCGGCUACCUCGAUGGACUCGAUGAAUGGCCAUCCCGCAGGGACUAGAGGACGCAGCGAGACAUAUGCCAACGGCAACCAUCUCCAGACUCCCAUGGUAGGAGCGUCUACUUCCUUCACCAGCUCUGCGUUCAAUCUGCCCACGGCUGCGACGAUCCCGCGCUCCUUCUUCGACGACGGUUCUACCCCGCCCCUGACCUGGAGUCGGCUCGUCACGAACAUGAAAAAGUCGGUAGACCGAUAUCGCCAGGCCGUUGAGAGCGGCAACAGGGCAGAGUAUGUGGCACGAGCGGAAGAUAUCUCGGACCACUUGCGUCUCCUUCUCGCCGCCGGCUCGGGCACGACGGACAACCAUUCCGGACAGCCGUCCAUCAUCUCCACCAACAAGGCCCUCUAUCCCCAUUUCCGAGACAUGAUGUCCAAGUUCUCCAAGCUCGUCAUCUCUUCCCAUAUCGCGGCUGCCGACUGGCCAAAUGCCGAAUCUGUUCAGAAAUGCUUGCAAGAAGCCGAUGGCGUCCUUUUGGGCGUGUUCAGCUUUGUCGAAGUAGCGCGGCAGCAGCGCGGCGAGGAGAUCCCACGGCUGUUCCCCGGGUUUGUCAUCGGCUCAAGCACCGGUGGGAGUUGGCAAAACAACGGCUUGAGUCCACGCGACCCAAUCACCUCCAAUUUCCUCGAUGAUGAGGAAGGCGUCGUGGAGCCCACCGCCAUCCUGGACGGCGAGCUUCUUGAGCGCCUGGACGAGCUCAAGCGGAUGCUGGUGUCGAGCAUCCGCGAGCUGGAGAAGAACCUCCUGGUUACCGACAAGCUGGUGACCCCCUACAAGCAUGAGGUGAUUGGUAACAACGUGUGUGCUGCCGCAGGCAAGGUCUUGGACGUGUUCAGGCCCUGGAUCGCCAUGAUCGAAUCGAUCGAUCUGUCCUUGCUCGGCAAUAGCUUCCAGACGCCGCAGCUCACCGAUUUCAGCACCAACAAGCAGAGCCUCUACGACAACAUCUCGGACCUGCUCUUGGGCUGCCAAGCCGUCGCCGGGCCGCUGGCUGAUGAGUGGUCCGAGGUCCGGGGCCAGGCCCUAGAGGAGAGGCUUGAGUACGUCAGGCAGUGUGCGCGGGCUCUGGAGACGAACUCUUCCCACGUCGGCUUCUCGCUCCAGCUACUUUUCGAACAGGUUGCCAUGGUCAUCCAACAGCAAGAGAUGCACCUGCGCGAGGAGGUGAUGCAGCGUGAACCAUUGAGAAGGAUGGAGACCAUGCCCUACGAACGGCCACAUCAGCGCUCGGAUUCCCGGGGCUUCUCGAGGCCAGGACUGCCGAUUGGGUCGCAUUCAUACGACGGCGAGACGCUCCCUCCCAGCAACCUCAGAAAGGGCGAUCCCUCAAAGAUGAAACGGUUCUUCGGAGAAGACCCAGAACCGGUGCCGCCGCCUGUGGUCGAGGAUACCCCAGAUUUCCUGAAGUUGGAUUACGAGAGCGACCUGUCCUGGGAUCUGAAAGUCACGCCGCCAGCUGUGAAGGGCGGAUCUCUGAUUGCUCUGGUGGAGCAGCUGACCCGCCACGACAAGUUGGACGCCAACUUCAACAGCACCUUCCUCCUGACCUACCGGUCUUUUACAACUGCGCGGGAGUUGUUCGAGAUGCUGGUCAAGAGGUUUACUACCCAGCCGCCUGAAGGCCUGUCGCCGGCCGAUUACGAGAUCUGGAGAGACAGGAAGCUGCGCCCGAUCCGUUUCCGCGUCGUCAAUAUUAUGAAGAGCUGGCUCGACACCUUCUGGAUGGAGGACUAUAACGAGGAGACGAAGCAGCUCAUCCGCGACAUGUAUAACUUUGCCAGAGACACGAUCAAGACGGCCGAGACACCCGGGUCGGGCCCUCUGAUGGCGAUCCUCGACCAACGAUUGAACGGCAAAGACUUGGGCGGGCGACGGAUGGUUCAGACGGUCAACCAGAACACCCCACCGCCCAUCAUGCCUAAGAACAUGAAGAAGCUCAAGUUCCUCGACAUUGACGUUCUCGAGUUUGCCCGCCAGCUCACCAUCAUCGAGUCACGGUUGUACUCCAAGAUCAAGUCGACCGAGUGUCUGAACAAGACGUGGCAAAAGAAGGUCGCCGAAGGGGAACCGGAGCCGGCGCCCAACGUCAAGGCGCUCAUUCUACACUCCAAUCAGAUGACCAAUUGGGUGGCCGAGAUGAUUCUGUCACAGACCGACAUCAGAAAGCGUGUCGUCGUCAUCAAGCACUUCGUCUCAGUCGCUGAUAAAUGCCGGUCGUUGAACAACUUCUCCACGUUGACAUCCAUCAUCUCGGCAUUGGGCACCGCACCCAUUGCUCGACUAAAGCGCACAUGGGACCAGGUCCCGGCGCGCGUCAACAGCACUCUCGAGACCAUGCGGAAGCUGAUGGGUAGCACCAAGAACUUCGGCGAGUACAGGGAAACACUUCAUGCCGCAAACCCUCCGUGUAUCCCCUUCUUCGGCGUCUACCUGACGGAUCUCACGUUCAUCGAAGACGGCAUUCCGUCCGUCAUCAAGAAGACGAACCUCAUCAACUUUGCCAAGCGGGCAAAAACAGCCGAGGUUAUCCGCGACAUCCAGCAAUACCAGAACGUAGGCUACUCUCUGCAGCCCGUACCGGAGCUGCAGGAUUACAUUCUGAGUAACAUGCAAGCUGCCGGCGACGUGCACGAGAUGUACGACAAGAGCUUGCAGAUCGAGCCAAGGGAACGAGAAGACGAGAAGAUUGUCAGGGUCUUGGCCGAAUCUGGCUUUUUAUAAACGAAGUCUAAGGGACCCGAGUCGUCCUACCACCGUCUACAACUCGAACCGGAAACACUUCCACAUCUUCCACGAGCGCCUCGGCAGAACCAUGUGCUCAAUACUCUUAGCUUGGAUGUGGACGAAGCGCUUGCUCUCAACCUCGUCGCUAGUCGAGAAGGAACGGCUGCUUCGCCAGCGAAAUUUCGCCGGGGUGAAGCUGCGUGUUGUUGGAUUAAAAAAGGACCGGAAUCACUCGCUCAUCUUGAGCGGUUCAGUUAUCCAAGUCAUCGGCGUUCCUGUGCAAGACCCGGACGUCUGCCAAAACUUGGCAAGCCGACAAGCGGUUCAGCAUAAGCCGAAGGACGUGCUUCUGCCAGGGGCAAAGGGCCCUGCUCUCCUAUGGGGGAAAGGACAGGUCGACACAGCACACACGCACGAACAAGCCAAGACG